UGUUGUAACCACAUCUUUUCAGGUAUGGAUUUGCGUUUGUCUAUCAGUACCAGCCGUCAUGGCAAGUCUGUUUGGUUUGAGCAAAGGUAUUGUCUAUCUAAACAAACGAAUGGGAUCAAAGCCAUCGGAAAUGGAUUUCAGAGGAAGCUUUCAAAUAAUCGACUACGUCAUCUGCGUCCUUCUUUCACAAGGUGCAUAUUGCGGAAAUAGACAACUAGCAAUUCGUUUUGCAGCGGCUGCCUGGUGUCUAGCUUGUUUCGUUCUUGUUCAAGCUUACAGUUCAACGCUGAUUGCUUUCAUCACGUCACCCAAUAAUAAACCUAUCAUUAAUUCAGUGUACGAUAUUGAAAAAGUCCCAGGUCUUAAAAUCACAGUCAAUAUAAACUUCGCAGCAGAUUUAAGGCUGCUGCAAACCAAUUUCAGUAUUUUCAGGAAACUUGGUGAUUCAUUGAGAGAAGACCCGAGUCUUCGUUGCAAUAAAACGGAGCUUUGCCUUGAUAAAGUUCGAUCUGGGGAUCAUGUUUACAUUUACGUUAGUUAA